GCAGAAGUUCAACGAUGGUGUAAGCGAACGCAACUGCGGCAGCAUCUUCUGUCCACUUGAAUCGUGCCUGCUCGUCAGCUCUGAAGAAGGUUUGCGACGACAGAGGCGUUGUUUUUCCUUUCCUUUUCGGAACAUUUAACCUGAACGUUAACAUCCACAACUUAAGGCCUUCGAGAUGGUUGCUUCGGCUCUACCGGUGUCAUUAUUCACGCUUUUCUGGCUCGGAGUCGGGGCCGGGGUGCCGUGGUUCGUGCCAAAAGGAGACAACAGAGGGAUGAUCCAGACCAUGAUUGGCAUCACGGCAGUACUCUGUUAUACUUUUUGGCUCUGCUGCUACAUGUCUCAGAUGAACCCCUUGGUGGGACCACUACUCAAGAACGAGACGGCCGUCGUCAUACGCGGCGAAUGGUCGUAGCUGCAGGUUUCCAGAGAUGGUGGCCUGAUGACCUGAAUUUUCGACGGCGUCCUACGGUGGUCUGCGUAUUGCUGGUAGCUUUGUCCAUUUAGUUGUCAGGCCUGCCAUGGUUGUUUAACCUUACUACUUGUACUAGUAUGUGAGACCAUGCUUGCAUCACCUAGUUGCUGGAUGCAGAUGAACUGCCUACCAUGAGAUCUGACUUGGAGGUGCAUUUUAUUUCCCUUUGUACACAAUUUUGUAGGUUGUAUCUUUUGUUAGCUGAUGUGAGAAAUACUGCUGACAGAAGCAGUGUGCACUCAGUGAGACAAGAACUGAGCAUGCUGGUGUUAAAACUCUAAGCAGAUGAGUGGGGAACUUAUACGCAAGUGCUUGAGUGUUGCCCUCACAUUUUAGUAUGGUUGUAGCUGCUGUGCUUCUUAGCACUUCAUUCACACUCUGGCUCUUUAUGAGUUAAUGGACUUUAUUUUAUGCAUUUAAGGGAUAUUUCUACACAGAUUUUUUUAAAUGCUGCACAGAACUUAAUUUAACCCCCGACACUUUUAUGUUGUGCCAAAUAAGUUGUUGCAAACUAAGUUUACUAGUCAGUGUGCCCCUCUUAGUGUUCAAUAAAAACAAAUUGGUGUUCA